AUGCAUAAAGGUAAACAGAAUAAGAAAGCUAUAAAUAAUAAAUUUGGAAAUCAGAAAAAAAAACAUGUAAAAUUUAAAAGAGUUAAGAAAGUACAAUUUAAGGGAGAAAAAAAAAUCUUAAUACAAAAAUCGGAAAAAGAUCAAACUCCCAAAAAGACACAAAAAAAAAAAAAAUUCAAUACAGCAUACAAAAAAAAAGAAUAUGAAAAAAAGUUACAAAAACAGGAAAAUGAAUAUUUAAAUUUAAAAAAACAACUGGAGAAUGAAAGAUUUGGUGAUAAUAUACAUUGUAUCUUUGCAAUGAAAAAUAAUGUCGAUUGUAUUAAUCCGAAGUCAAAAGAAAUUCUUCAGGAACUAAAUUUACAAGAAACAUUUAAAGGAAUAUUAUUAGUAAAUACAAAAGAGAAUAUGGAAAAACUAUUUCUUGUAAAACCUUAUAUAUGUUAUGGUUAUUUAAAAAAAUAUAAUUGUUAUAAUUUAUUAGAAAAAAAACUAUAUUUAAAAGAUAAUGAAGAAAUAAAGCGAUGUGAUUCAAAUAAAAUAAUUGAAAAACUAUUUGGCAGUGAAGGUGUAAAUUCAUUUCCUCUAUUUUGUGAAUAUAUUUUUGAAUGUAAAAAGAAUGCAAACAUGAUAAUGAAAGAAUAUAUUAUUCCAUUUGACUUUUCUUUUUUAAAAAAUUCAACAACAUUCGACUUUUUGCAAUUCAAGAAUGAGCUUGUUGGUUUUAUGAGGGAUGAAAUAAAUGAUGUCCUAGAAAAAAUUAUAUAA